GGGAAGGCAGCGGUGUCCAGCCGCCGCGGCCGGGGUCGCACUUCUGGGCCUCCCGCUCACGCCCCUACUGCCUUGCACUCCCUGGGAUAGCAUUGACCAGUACUUCUUGGAUGAAUUUGACCUUGGACAAUUGAAUAUUAGGUUUCCAUAAAUGAAUAGACCAGUUCAAUCCUGUUUGGGGAAAUGCUGAAGUUCCGAGAGGCUGCUAAGUGUGGGAGUGGAUCAGUAGCCAUUUCCACUUCUCCACGAGCCUUGAUUGCAAGAAGAUAUGUGCUUCGGCAGAGACUUGGCAGUGGAAGUUUUGGAACUGUCUAUCUGGUUUCAGAUAAGAAAGCCAGACAAGGAGAGGAACUAAAGGUACUGAAGGAAAUCUCUGUUGGAGGACUAAAUCCAAAUGAAACUGUACAGGCCAACUUGGAAGCCCAGCUCCUAUCCACGCUGGACCAUCCGGCCAUUGUGAAGUUCUAUGCAAGCUUCAUGGAACAAGAUAACUUCUGCAUUAUCACAGAGUACUGUGAGGGCCGUGAUCUGGACUAUAAGAUUCAGGAAUAUAAAGGAGCUGGGAAAAUCUUUACAGAAAAUCAAAUAAUAGAAUGGUUUAUCCAGCUGUUGCUAGGAGUUGACUACAUGCAUGAAAGGAGGAUACUUCAUCGAGACUUGAAAUCCAAGAAUAUAUUUCUGAAAAAUAAUCUACUUAAAAUUGGGGAUUUUGGAGUUUCUCGACUCCUAAUGGGAUCCUGUGACCUGGCCACAACUUUAACCGGAACUCCCCAUUAUAUGAGUCCUGAAGCUCUCAAACACCAAGGCUGUGACACAAAAUCGGACAUUUGGUCACUGGCAUGCAUUUUAUAUGAGAUGUGCUGUAUGGAGCAUGCAUUCACUGGCUCCACUUUCUUGUCCAUUGUUUUAAAUAUUGUUGGAGGGGAUACACCUUCGCUUCCUGAGAGAUAUCCACAAGAACUAAACACCAUCAUGGAAAGUAUGUUGAACAAGAGUCCUUCGUUGAGACCAUCUGCCAUAGAAAUUUUAAAAAUCCCUUACAUUGACGGACAACUACAGCAUCUGAUGCAUAAAUAUUCGGAAAUGACUCUGGAAAACAAGAAUUUGGAUUGUCAGAAGGAAACUGCUCAUAUAAUUAAUGCCAUGCAGAAAAAGAUCCACCUGCAGACUCUGCAGGCGCUGUCUGAAGUGCAGAAAAUGACACCGAGAGAGAGGAUGCGGCUGAGGAAGCUCCAGGCAGCGGAUGAGAAAGCUGGGAAGCUGAAAAAGAUCGUGGAAGAAAAGUAUGAAGAAAAUAAUAAGCGGAUGCAAGAGUUGAGAUCUCGAAAUUUUCAGCAGCUGAAUAUUGAUGUACUCCAUGAAUUAGAUGAACCAGCUUCAGAGAACCUGCCUGAGACUCAGCCUGUUCCUUCCCUGGAGCUCGGUGAACUUGAGUCAAGCGUAGAGGACACCGUAGUUGACCUUGGGUAUCAUGAGAUCCCAGAAGACCCACUCUUGGCUGAAGAGUAUUAUGCUGAUGUGUUUGAUUCCUGUUCUGAGGAGAGUGAGGAGCAGGAAGGAGAAACAGUGUCCUCGGAAGCAGAGGGAGAAGCCCAGGAUGAGGAACCCCAGCCUGCUUACAGAGCAAAUCAGCAGGAUAGCGAUACUGAAGCCCUGGCCAGGUGUUUGGAAAGUGUCCUGGGCUGCUCCUCUCAUGACACGAGGACGGUGCUCAGUGUGGCUGCAGAAGUGUCCCUGGGACCAACAACUUUCAACAGCGCGAUGGCCAGGACCAAGAUGAAGCACAUGAGGGAAUUAGCCAUGAAGAAGCUGGGAGAAGAAGUAUUUGAAGAAGUCUAUAAUUACCUGAAGACAGCAAGGCAUCAGGGUGCCAGUGAAACAGAGAUCCGCAAGUAUCUUGAAAAAGUGGUACCUUGGGCGAGUGAUUGCUUUGAAGUUGAUCAGCUCCUCUACUUUGAGGAGCAGUUACUGAUUGCAGUGGGAAAGGAGGCCCCUCUCCAGAACACUCACUAAAGAAUGUCAGAAACAAGCAGAAGUUCAAGUUGACAAAUUUCAGUGGAACUCCAUGAAGCAUACAAGCUGGUCUUUAUGGUGGAAAGGGUAUAUCACUCUAGCUACUGUCUUUAUCUUUAGUUCUCUGCCAGAAGUAAUGACUGCUUGGGAGACCAGUAAAUGUGGCGGCCUAUACUUGGAGUCAAUGGUCAUUAAGUGUUGUUUGAUUUAUACUCUGUGGCAACUUAUGCAUCAGGUUUGGUGUCCUGCAAAGGAUUUCCAUCAUUUCAGGGCUUCCAGCUGGGUCGAAUCAUCCUGUUGGUUGCCUCAGAGAAAGGGGCCAGAUACCCUUUAUUAUUUCCAAUUGGAUGACAGGGCUCAGUACCAGCCACCAGAAGCCUAUGGAAACAUAGCCAGCUUGCUUGUGAAGAUCGCUGGACACUGGCCUCCGACAAGCUGAGUUGGCUAGGGCAGGUGUGUCUGUCUUGGGUAAGCUGUUUUUGGUGCACUUUUUCUCCUUCAGGACAAACAAGCAAGAAGUACCUAAACAUAAGGACUUGGUUUAAAAUUGCUAAAAGUGAUUCCUUUCUGUAACUUAUUCCCCAGACUCAUUCAUGAAGCAUUGAAAAGUUUUAUUCAUAAUAAAUGAAUAUUUCAUUAAUAAAAAUAAAUCACCUACUUUCUCUUCC